CUAUCMGGAAGAUUUUGAUGUCGGACACAGAAAAAAAGCRCUUCCUCUGUUGUGACCUGCUCACSGAUGACAACAGAGGGACAUGUAGCUGAAGAAAGAAGYCAUGUAUAGUUGGAAGACACUGCAGAGAAACAAAACCGUCAAGUAUGGAGUCCCUAUGCUGCUGCUGGUCAUUGGUGGCUCCUUUGGCUUGCGGGAGUUUACUCAAAUCCGUUACGAUGCCCAGAAAAUCAGAAAACGGCUGGACCCUUCGCUGGAGGCAAAGGUGAAUGCAGAGAAGCAGGCGGUCAUCCUGGAGGAGGAGUACGAGGUAAGAGAYGCUGAGGACGGCGCGAUGAAAACAGCUGAACCYGUCUYGGGUUUGUAAUCAGAUUGUCUGCAC